AUGCCGUCCUUCUACCCCCGUCAACUCCCGCCCACCCCGCCCGAGUUCAUCCCUUCCAGCUGCCAGCCCAUGCAGUACCCUCAAGACUCGUACCGCUCCUGCGACCCCCGUCAGGAUGCUGCCUACGACUACCCAAGAGGAUACCAGCAGCCUGCCUUCCAGCGCAACCCGAUCCUUCCUCCCAUCAACAGCUACUACGAUUCUGCCGCCGCCCCCAUCCUGCCUCCUUUGAGACUUCAGGAGCGCCUGGCCAUCGAGGAUGACUACCGCCUUCGCCUGCAGCAGGAACAACGUACUCAAGCCGCUCAACAACAGCAACAACAACAGCAGCAGCAGCAACAGGCACAGCAAUCCACACAGAAGGAAGACAAGGCAACCGGCGGAGUAUCGGCCAAGCUCGACUACGAGAUGGAACGCAUGACCAACUUUGUGGCCGAGUCGGCGUCGGGAAUGUAUGCUCUCCAUCUGUCCCCAAUCUGCCUUGCAGAUAUUGACAUCUGUCGAAGCAUCCAGCCUAGUGUUCCAAUCCAGCCCUCGUUCCGCAAAUGGGUCUCGCAAGUCCUGUCGGCCACUAGACUACCCUCGGCAACCAUUCUUCUCAGUCUGCACUACUUGACCGUUCGCCUGCGAGACUAUCCUCCCAGGACCACCUCUUCGUCCGAGAACCACAUUUACCGCCUGCUCGCCGUAGCUCUGAUCCUAGGCAGUAAGUUCCUCGACGACAACACUUUCAUCAACCGCUCGUGGUCCGAUGUCACUGGCAUCAAGGUGUCUGAGCUGAACAACCUCGAGAUGGAAUGGCUUGCCCUCAUCUCCUUCGACCUGCACUGUGAUCCUACUGACCCGGCUGGUCUGGCUACCUGGUUGCGUGCUUGGAACGACUACGACGCCCAGGCCAUCAGCCGUUCGCGCAUUACUCGUCUGUCUCCGCUAAGCACAAACGUCCAGCGCCAGUCACCCCGCGCCUCGCGUUCUCCUUUCCAGCCACAGUACAAGGGCAGCUUCGCCGACUUCACACCUCAGUCAUCGAGACCUUCCUCUACUUACUCCGGCACUCCUUAUACCUCGGCGGAUCCGUGGAACCCUAUCGAGCGUGCAAAUUCGGUCGAGGCUUUCUACAACACUCAGCACCGUUACCCGACAUUAGAUGAGCUCGAUCACUCGAACAGCCUUGCUGCUCUGGAGCAGGCUCGAAGAUCCACUGCCUACGCUGGUUGUGCCUUGCCGCUACCACCUGCCUUGACUUCGUCUUAUUAUUCUCCUUGGAACCAACCUACCUGGGGAGGUUCUCAUCCUCCCGGCUGCAACUGUAUGACAUGUGCCCGCCAGUACAUGCCUUUUAUGGGUGCUUCCGGUUACCCAGCCCAGACUGUCGUCGGUUAG